GCUUUCUCCGUGUGCAACACCUUGUUACAAGAGAAAGCUUCUGUUCUUGGUCUAUGCUGGGGGUGGCGACUGCUCCCUUUUCGUGUGAGCUACGGGGGCCCCGCUAAGGGCACGGCACCGGGGUUAGACAUCCGCAUGCUGACGUAAGCGAAUACAUGGCUGCGUGCUGACAUAAUCGCGUCUUUUUCUUGCUUUUUUCAGGCGGCGUUGUGUUUUGAUUGCAGCAGAGCACGUCAGGGACGAGAUUUAGAGAAGCAGGGGCACAAGAAGAGUAGGCUCAGAAGAAAGAGGACGGAUAAAACAGACACUGGACAGGCCAUUGGACAGUUAGACAGCAUGGCAGAUAGUAGCAAGACACAGGCGACAUCUGGGGAUGCAGUGGUGGCAGUGGGGUCGGCAGGCGGGGCCCCGUUUGAAGCGGCAGGGCCGGACACAGAUAUAGGCACGGGAUCGAGAACGCAGGAGGAGAAGGAGAUCAUCCAGCAACUGUCACUCAAGCUCCUACAGCAGACGGAGGUGACGAACUCUCUGCAGCAGCGCAUUGCGGAGAGCAACCGACAGCUGAGCCAGCAGAAACAGCUGCUUUUGCAGGCCCGGAAGGAGAAGCACGAUGCGGAUCUGGAGGUGACACGGCUCUCCACGGAGGUGGAGAGCAUCACGCAGGAGCUUUUCGAGCAGGCAAACAGCCAGGUGCGGGAGGCGAAUGUGGGCGCAUACAACAUCAGGCAGAUGAACGAGCGGCUCUCGAACACGAUCAAGGAGAAGGACACGACGAUCGAGAUUCUCCAGUCCGAGUUGACGAAGUUGAAAAACGUGAUUUCGGAAAUGGAGGCCGGGAGCCAGUCGGCGGAGGAUCUUGUGAGCAGGACGCAAGGCAACGAUUUGCCUGCGCUGUCGGCGCAGCAGACUGCCCAAGAGGACUCUAAGCUCCCAACGUGCGCCGCCUUUGCGUCGAAGGCGCUGUCCCAGCUCAACCAGAAACAGAUCUACACACCCAUCUACAACCAGUUGCGAUUUGACUUGCCGGCGUACACCCUUUUUAGCGAGUCCCUGCUGCCACACGCGUCGCUGGCGUCGAGCUCCGCUGCGUCCGAACUGGCGGCACACCUGCACCGGCCUUCCGUUUCUGCGUCGUCGUCGUCGUCGUCGGUGGCAACGUUUGACAUCAAAACCACCAAGUUCUUCCUCAAGCUUAUCGACGAGUUAGACGAGGACUUGAGGCUUGAGAAGGCCCCCUCGCUCCAAACUUUCAAGCUGCGCUGGAACAGAAAGACGUUCUUGCUCGAGUUGAUCGACAAGCUCGUGACCAUCGAACCCUUGAGUGCAGCCACUGAGGUCUGGAAACGCCAGACAUUACAGAAGUACGUGCCAGUCACAACACCGUCCACCCCGAAAAUACCGCUGCCAGACUCCACGACUUCGGACUCUUCGCUUCCUGUGUUAUCCAGACAUGCUACUUCAGCCACACCGACAACAUCAUCGUACGACCCGACGCUCUUCAAGCUAGCGUCCAACGCUGCAACACCUGCAUCUAAGCCCGAAGGAGUGGCGCCUUUAGCCUUGGUAGCGCCUUGCGGUCUCUGCGGCGAGAAAAGACGGGAUAUGAACUUUUCUAGGCUUUACCAUAUUCGCAUAUCGUCGCCAUCUUCUUCUUCGACCACAAGCACGACCACAAGCACGACCACAGUACAAAAUUCGUCGUUGUCAGACUCCCCAACCAAGGCUGACUACCCUCUGUGUAUCAAUUGUGCCAACAAAUACCGCGCAGUGGUAGAGCUUCUUAAGUUUGUGAGUGCAAUCCACCCAAGCAACGUCAAAGAGGGCGAGGAAUUUGACGACUACCUCAGAACUACGUGGGCAAAGAUUGUGGAACUCAAAGCACGGGUGUGGUUUGCCGUGAAUAUAGGAAUCUGGAGUGACAAAGAGACCUACGGACUCGUUUACGGAUGGCAGAACGACUGGUUCACAGAUCAUGUGGUUCCCGAAAGCAAGGUUGUGAAAAACAGGGAGAACGAGGAUUCUUCAAGGGAGCAAGAAGCAAAGACAUCAACCAUAGACAACAACAAUGAUGCGACGACCCCUGAUGCUAACUCAGUUGCAAAAGGUUGGAAUGGAUGGUCCGGGGUGAUUGCUAAACCCGUUGGACACAAGAACGUGGAUGUUGGUGUCGGUGUCGGCGUCGAUUCUGGUUCUGGUCCCAACGCAGAUGCUUCUAGAACGAGAAACUUCUCCAAUGUGACCGACCGGGACGUAUCGCUGGUUGCCACAGAAACGGAAGUGGAAGCGAAGGACACCGAUGAGGACGAGCUGACUUUUCAGGACGCCUCUGACGGAAGAAAGAAACCAGCAGCAGCAGCUGUAGCGGCGACUACGGUGCUUUGCAAACCGGUGGUGGCCCCAGAAAAGGACGCUCACGACCCACAAGAGACGGAGUAAAAAUGUCUUGUAAGGGAACCAUUCAUGUAGCCAGCUGUAUCUAGUAAAAACCCAAACGCAAACAAAAAAACAGAUAGGAAAAAGUUUGGCGCCGCGCUGAACCGAAGUAAGCAUUUUUAUUCUGGUCCGUUUUCUGUUGUCGGC